AUGGCAUCGAAUUCGGAGAUUUUGUCGUUACUGACUGGCUACAUCGGUUUGUCCUUGAUUUUGAUUAGUAGUACCGCUGCUGCCAGAAGCGUUGUUCGUCGAUUAGAUGGGACAUCAACAACAAGCCAGCACAAUGGAACACGCCUGGCUAGCUCCUUCUACGCAGAUGAGGACGGAGAUGCGACUGAUGAGUCUAUGAGGAGAUUCUCUGUCAAAUGGCAACGAAUGGUGAUCGGCCUUCUUUCUAUAACAGGAUUUGAGAUCGCUUUAAGCCUAGCUAUCACCACCACUGUUCACGUCGGCAUUGAAGACUAUGUCGUCCAAUCCUGGCUCCAAAUCGGCAUUUGGGCGUGCCUCGUCCUUCAAUCUGCUGCUCUCUUCGUUGAGCCGUUGCACACAGAAAGAUUCGCUCAAAGCCAGUUGGCCUUUUACGCUAGCGUAUUGGCUUUCCUGAUCCCAUGUCUACAAGUCAGUAUCGGAGUUUUGAUAUCUCGUCAAUCAUUCAAUCAGCCCUCAAUCGGGCUGGUUGUAACGCAAAUCGUGGUUGCCUUCCUGCGUGGAAUAUGCUGCCUUCUAGUUCCACGCCGUCCAGAUGUGUAUCACGAGGGCAAGGUAGUUGACCAACAAUACUCAGUUUCAAUAUUGCAUCGGAUGACGUUCAGUUGGAUCAAUGGAUUGUUGCAGCACGCGGUUCAAAACAAGAGCCUUGAGAUUGACAGUUUGCCUGCUCUGCCUCUGUCAGUCCGCCCUGAAACUCUUCAUACUCGAUUUGAGCGUGUGAGAACAGGCCAUACUUUAUGGACAAGUCUCGUUAUUGCUCAUUGGCGAUCGUUUCUUCUCCAGCUUACGCUUGCCCUAGUAUCUUGUGCUCUAAGUUUUGGGCCACAGGUGGCUCUGUAUAGGAUCCUAAAGUGCUUAGAAGAUCGAGGGGACACGCAGGAUAAUUCGCAAUCAUGGAUAUGGGUGUCAGCACUGGGAUUCUUUAUGCUGCUAUCAUCAGGUAUCGACUCGUGGCUCUUCUGGACCGUUUACUCAAAGUUGGGCGUCCCCAUUUACGAAGAGCUGGCAGCGCUGGUGUUCGCCAAGUCUAUGCGGAAAAAGGAUGUGAAGGAUGCUAAAUCGACAUAUAAGCCCGAAGAAUCCGCACUAGAUCCUUCAGCAGCCUCUCUACUUGAACCAGAAGAAGAGGAUGAAGAAGCACAGGAGGGGCUUCAGAGCACCAUAAAUUAUGCAGCAGUUGAUUCGAAACGAGUCGCCGAUUUUGCUUGCUACAGUUAUUUGAUUCCGCAUGCCAUACUUAGGUUGACGAUUGCCUGCGCCUUCCUGCUAAGUCUUCUCGGAUGGAAGAGCUUGUCGACAGGGCUCGUUGUAGCAGCUGUGGUAAUACCCGUCAACAGCUACCUCGCCACAAGAUAUGCGAAGUGUCAGGACGACCUCAUGAAGCUACGAGAUUUGAAACUAGCAGUAGUGUCUGAAGUUCUCCAAGGUAUCCGACAAAUAAAAUUCUCAGCAAUCGAAGGGGAAUGGGAAAAGAAGAUCGCUGAAAGACGGCAUGCAGAGCUGCAGUCUCUUUGGACCUCUUUUCUAUAUAGCACGGGUCUCAUAUCCACUUGGAUCCUUGGCCCCUUAAUGCUGUCAGCUGCCUCUCUUACGGUGUAUGCAUUGCUUUAUGGUGAGCUUACUGCAUCCGUGGCUUUCACUGCCAUGUCAAUAUUCGGAUCCUUGGAACUCUCAAUGGCCAGUUUGCCGGGUCUGAUGUCGAAGGCCUUGGAAGCAAAGAUUAGCUCUGGUCGCAUUGACAAGUACAUGUCUAGUCCGGAAAAGCCAGUUAACACGAUUCCAGCUAAUCAAAUAGCAUUCGAGGCAGCGUCAGUCGCGUGGCCUGCUGAUGAAGAUCACGGUGAUUGGGAUACUGAUGAGCGCUUUGUGCUACGCAAUUUAAAUUUGAACUUCCCGUCCAGAGGGUUGAGUGUGAUAUCUGGAAAGACUGGAUCUGGAAAGAGCCUUUUGCUCGCCUCAAUCCUUGGAGAGUGUGACGUCCUCCAAGGCAAGGUUAAGGUUCCUGUGUCUCCACAGCUCAAUGUACGAUAUGACCGUCGCAUCUCGAGUACAGAAUGGAUUAUCGACAAUGCAAUCGCAUAUGUUGCGCAAAUUCCCUGGAUUGAGAAUGGGACUAUCCGAGACAAUAUCCUAUUCGGUUUACCAUAUCACCCUACACGAUAUCGCAAGGUGCUCUAUGCUUGCGCCUUGGACAAGGAUCUUGAAAUGUUCCCGGACAAAGAGAUGACAGAUAUUGGAGCAAAUGGCGUGAACCUGAGUGGUGGUCAACGUUGGCGGGUAUCGUUCGCCAGAGCAUUGUAUUCUCGGGCUGGAAUCCUCAUUAUGGACGACAUUUUUAGCGCGCUGGAUGCUCAUACAGGCCGUCAUGUCUACAACCAUGCCCUGGCUGGUGAGAUUGGUCAAAAACGGACGCGAAUCCUUGUCACCCAUCACGCCACUCUCUGCCUUUCGCAUACAGAUUAUUCAGUUUUUCUCGAGAAUGGAUAUGUCAAGCACUCUGGCACGGUUGAGGAGCUUCGACAAAACAACAGCCUAUCGGAACUCCUUUUAUUGGAAGAAUCAGGGAUACCAGAGGACCAGGCCCUUGGCAACGCGCCUCAUGAAUCUAACAUCGAGCCUAUGGCUGCUCCCAACAAAGUGCGCUCGUGCACCAGGAACCGAACAUCAACUACAGCUAGACGAAGCUCUGUAGCUAGCAGGCGAAGUUCAAUCACAAGUCGACAGAGCAGACGGAACUCUGUCUGGAGCAGGAAUGCGAACAUUAGUGAGGCCGAAGCACCAAAAUUCGUACAGGAUGAAGCGAACGGCACUGGGUCGGUUUCUCUUUCCGUUUAUGCUGCCUAUUGUAAGAAGGGUGGCAGUAUAUACUUUUGGUGUUCUAUUUUAGGUGCAUACAUUUUGUAUGCUUGCCUCAUCGUUGGACGAUCAUGGUGGGUGAAACUAUGGACUAGUUCGUCCAGCAACCAGGAGCACUCAAAUCAUCAUCACUCGGGCAUCGAUAUUACCAUGGACCGCCUAGCCUCCGUCAGAGCGGAUGCGGAUCUUUUUCUUUACCUUGCUGUAUAUGUGGGUAUCUCCGUCAUGGCUUGUAUACUAGGGACAGUCAGAUAUUUUACCCUUAUGAAAGCCGGAAUCGAGGCGUCUAAAAACCUAUUCAAUGAUCUGACAUACGCUGUGCUACGUGCGCCUCUGCGGUGGCUCGAUACGGUUCCUUUGGGCCGCAUUUUAAACCGGUUUACAUCCGACAUCUACGCGGUUGAUGUGAGACUCAGUUAUGAUAUUGGGUUGUUCAUUCAUAACGUGUUGGAGAUAACUGGCAUUUUAUUAGCAGGAGUGGCUGUUUCUCCAUUUGUCAUCAUCUUCGCAACUGUGAUCCUAGGAAUUUGUCUGAAGCUAUCCCUGAUGUAUCUCGCCGGGGCCCGCGAAGUCAAGCGACUGGAGAGCAUCGCAAAGAGCCCUAUCUUCGAACAGUUCGGCUCCAGUCUUGCAGGGCUUAUUACCAUCCGUGCUUUUAACAAAACAGAUACCUAUGUUGGGAUUAUGUACGAGAAGAUCAGUGUGCACGCACGGACGGCGUGGUAUCUCUGGCUGUUCAAUAUGUGGUUGGACUACCGCAUGAGCGUUGUCGGGGCCAUUUUCUCGACCAUGACCGCGGCCCUAGUGGUCUAUUUCCCUAGCAUCCCGGCUGCUCUUGCUGGGUUUGCUUUAAGCUUUGCAUUGCAGUACAAUAGUGCCAUCGUGAUGGUUUUACGACAGUAUGCGAAUGUUGAGUUGGAUAUGAAUGCAACGGAGCGGGUGCUCGAGUACUCACAUAUUGAAAUCGAGGACCAAACUGGAAUGGAGGCACCUGCCUCUUGGCCGACAGAGGGCAAGGUGGAAGUCGAAGACCUAGUAGUUGGCUAUGCGCCAGAUCUCCCUCCAAUCCUCAAUGGUUUGUCGUUCACAAUGGAGAAGAACCAACGAGUAGGCGUCGUUGGUCGUUCUGGGGCUGGUAAAUCCUCCUUGACACUGGCUCUGUUCCGCUUUUUGGAGGCUCGAUGGGGCCAUAUCUACAUUGAUGGAUUGGAUAUUUCAAAACUUAAACUUCAUGAUCUCCGGAGUCGUCUUGCUAUCAUUCCCCAAGACCCAGUGCUCUUCUCUGGCACAGUGCGAUCCAACCUCGACCCAUUUAACGAACACAGCGAUCCCGAACUCUACGAUGUAUUGGAACGUGUCAACCUCAUCUCUUUCGGAGACACAGAAACCCUCGCAUCUGAAUCGAGCACCCAGCCUCGUAUCACAAGGACUACAAGCCCAAAAAGCACAACAGAGACACUUUCUUCCUCCCACAAAAACCAAACAAAAAACAACAGCCUCUUCACAUCUCUCUCUGACACGAUAUCUGAAAGUGGCUUCAACCUCUCCCAAGGCCAACGCCAACUCCUCUGCCUCGCCCGCGCAAUAGUAUCACGCCCCAAAGUGAUGGUCCUGGAUGAGGCAACAUCCGCAGUGGACAUGGAAACCGACGCGCUAAUCCAACGAUCGAUCCGUUCUGAGUUCGGCCGGAACGCGUCAACUUUGCUUGUUAUUGCGCAUCGGUUGAGUACGGUUGCGGAUUUCGAUAGGAUUCUGGUUAUGGAUGCGGGGAGGGCAGUUGAGUUUGGGAAGCCGCGGGAGUUGAUUGGGAUUGAGGGCGGCGUGUUUCGCGGGUUGGUUGGGAGCAGUGGAGAGAAGGAUGCAGUGGAGAGAAUCAUUUUGGGGGAGGCGUCUGAAUCUUGA